AUGCCUUUAUCAUAUUUUAACGUCGCAAAACCAAGGACACUCUAUACCUACAGGUUCAUUCACCAGUGUCAACCAUUUGCUUUUUCUAUUCAACAUGCUUCAUUAUUCAAUCAACCUCCUUCCAUUUUCUCUUCACUCUUACGUCAAUUUUCCAAUACCCUUAUCCAUGUCAAGUCAAUCCACGCACAGGUUAUUAGGAAUUGUGUAUCUACUCAACACUUUCUGGCUGCAAAACUUAUCAAGUCCUAUUCUGAUUUGGGUUUUCAUAAAACUGCAUACAAGGUGUUUGAUCAAUGUCCUCACCCGGAAACCACUCUUUGUAAUGCUAUGAUGGACGGAUUCCUUAAGAACAAGGAAUACAACGAGGUUCCCAAGUUGUUCAAAAUGAUGGGGUCUUGUGAUAUUGAAAUGAAUAGUUACACUUGUGUCUUUGCUCUUAAGGCCUGUACUGGUUUAUUGGAUAAUGAGAAUGGUAUGGAAGUUGUUAGGAUGGCUGUUAGGAAGGGAUUCCAUUUGCAUCAGCAUGUUGGAAGUUCAAUGAUUAACUUUUUGGUGAAAUUGGGGAAUCUUGAUGAGGCGCGAGUGGUCUUUGAUGGGAUGCCUGAAAGGGACGUUGUCUGUUGGAAUUCAAUUAUUGGGGGUUAUGUGCAUGAGUGCCUCUUCAAGGAGGCAAUUAAAAUGUUUGUCGAGAUGAUUGGUUCUGGGGUUAGGCCAAGUCCUGUGACUUUGGCUAGCUUACUCAAAGCAUGCGGUGAAAGUGGACUCAAGAAACUUGUAACGUGCGUUCAUGCUUUUGUCCUUGCAUUAGGCAUGGGCGAUGAUGUUUUUGUGCUUACUACAUUGGUUGAUAUGUAUUGUAAUGUGGGUGACACUGACAGUGCUUUUUUGGUUUUCAAUAGCAUGUGCAGUAAAAAUUUGAUUUCAUGGAAUGCUAUGAUUUCGGGAUGUGUUCAAAAUGGUAUGGUGCCUGAAUCUUUUGCUCUCUUCCAUAGACUGGUCCAGAGUGAUGAUGGGUUUGAUUCGGGGACCUUGGUAAGCCUUAUUCGGGGAUGUUCUCAAACAUCCGACUUGGAAAAUGGAAAAGCCAUCCAUGCUUAUAUCAUUAGAAAAGGACUUGAAUCCAAUCUAGUUUUAUCCACCGCAAUUGUUGACAUGUAUUCGAAAUGUGGUGCCAUAAAGCAGGCAACUAAAGUUUUCAGAUCAAUGGAAAAAAGGAAUGUAAUUACUUGGACUGCUAUGCUGGUGGGUUUAUCACAAAAUGGCUAUGCAGAGGAUGCCUUGAAAUUAUUUGGUCAGAUGCAAGAAGAAAAUGUGUCUGCCAAUUCUGUCACUCUUGUUAGUCUUGUGCAUUGCUGUGCUCACCUAGGAUCUCUCAAGAAAGGAAAGAGCGUCCAUGCUCAUUUGAUCCGGCAUGGUUACGCAUUCAAUGCCGUUAAUAUUUCAGCCUUGAUUGAUAUGUAUGCCAAGUGCGGUAAAAUUCACUCUGCUGAGAAGCUAUUCUAUAAUGGAUUCCAUUUAAAAGAUGUUAUACUCUGUAACUCUAUUAUUACGGGUUACGGAAUGCACGGUCAAGGACAUCAGGCUCUUGUUGUCUACGAUAGAAUGCUAGAGGAAGGGCUCAAGCCAAACCAAACUACAUUUGUUUCUCUGCUAACAGCAUGCAGUCACUCAGGCCUUGUUGAAGAGGGUAGGACUUUGUUCCACUCUAUGGAAAGAGAUCAUAACAUUAAGCCUAGUGAUACACACUAUGCUUGUUUUGUGGAUCUUCUUAGUCGAGCAGGCUGUCUCGAGGAAGCAGAUGCAUUGGUGAAACAAAUUCCUGUUGAACCGAGCACUGAUGUGCUCGAAGCUUUGCUCAGUGGUUGCAAAAUCCAUAGAAAUAUUAACAUGGGAAUACAAAUUGCAGAUAGAUUAAUUUCUUUAGAUUACUUGAACACAGGAACUUAUGUCAUGUUGUCAAAUAUAUAUGCUGAAGCAAGAAAAUGGGAAUCAGUUAAUUACAUAAGGGGCCUCAUGAGGAUAAGGGGUUUGAAGAAAACACCUGCUUUUAGUUUAAUUGAAGUAGGGAACCAAGUCUACACAUUUUUUGCUGGUGAUGAUUCACAUCCUGGUUGGGCAGAUAUUAAGCAAUUGUUAGAAAAUUUGAGGCUUGAGGUGGAGGCUUCAGGGUAUGUUCCCGAUACCAGUUGCGUUCUUCGCGACGUAAAUGAAUCAAUGAAGGUUCAGUUUCUCUGGGGACAUAGUGAGAGAUUAGCUAUAGCAUUUGGUCUUCUAAACACACCAUAUGGAAGCUUGAUUAGAAUCACUAAAAAUCUUCGUGUAUGUGUUGACUGUCAUACUGUCACCAAAUACAUAUCAAAAAUAGUUAAGAGGGAAAUUAUUGUUAGGGAUGCUAACCGUUUUCAUCACUUUAUUAAUGGGGAAUGCUCCUGUAAUGGUUAUUGGUAA